AUGACGAUCUAUAAUACCUUCACAAUCUAUGGGAUCUUCGCCGUCAUAUCCGGCCUGUCUUCACGGACCGCUGUGACGGCAUGGUCAGACAUAGAGCACCACCCAGCAUCAGUGGAGCAUCACGCAGCAGGCAUGGGACACCACCGUCAUUAUCAUUAUCACGCAACCAGCCCACACGGCAAUUCUUUCACCCAAGCUCUGUCUCAGCACAGUCACACCCAGUACAUUCCCAACGACGGAUACAGUCACGACGACCGUGACAUGCUGCGUCGGGUUGAGUCGGUGCGGCAGCAGCAAGAGAGGGACAGUCAGCCCCCGCCGCUCUUCACUGCUGUGGCUGCCGCUGCUGUGUCAUGCGAGUCCUUUGUCCUCGACUUCCCUCUCAGACGGGCUGCUGCUGCUGCUUCUGCUGCUACAAAUACUGCUUCAACCGCAGCAUCCAUAUUUCAAACCCAAAGGAGGCGGAGGAGGCAUCGAACGGUGAUCAUCGGGCCAGUCUCACUGCAACGGGCUGCUGUAGCCGCAGGGUACCAGCUGUCUCAGAAGCGCCGGAAAGGCCCCUGCAGUAUGUGGCUCAAGAGAGUCUUUUUAGUCAGAGUCAAGUCGCCUGCUGAUUUCGCCGCCAGGGCCUCUCUCCCGUCCACCGCCACCGUUAUUCUGCACUUACAGAGAGAUUUGACGCUGCCUAGAGGGGUUGUGUUCGGGCGGCAGCACUCGUGCACAAUACUCAUGUCAGCAAAAUGGCCCGGUUACACGCUGACGGGUGGUAACCCUAUGUAUCCAGUGCUGCGCGUGUGGAACACGAGUAACGUGAUGUCGCUGAACGUGAACUACCAGCUGGCGGUGACGGAGAGCAGCCCCGAGUGCAGCACUGUGCCCGAGCUGGGCAAGGCCGUCACCUGCCCCGCCAUCUCCAUCCAUCGCUCCUUCGGCGUGCAGAUUGGCAAGGUGAGCCCCUCCCUUGUUCCUGCUUUUCAGGAAAAGAGAGCAUUACAGAAUGCACCACCCCGAACUUUGAAUCACCGCGUGCGUAGUAGCCGAUGCACUCAGCAUCUCGCCGUUUGGAGUGACGCGAACGUGCGGCGCGAUGGCGGAGCUGUGUGCGCGGAUGUUCCUAAGCGCGUUUCCGACGCCAUUCGCAACUCGAAGGACGCGAAGAUGACGGCGCGUAAGGAUAAGGAGAGGGCUUUGGAGGAGGCGCUCACGUCAGUGGGCGGCCAAGGCGGAGCGGGUCCGAAGCCAAAGAAGGGGCGCAUGGAGGAUUGGUACGGCGAGGGGGGGAUGUCGGCGAAGCGUGCGGCAGACGAUGCGAUUUGCCUCUUCAUUGCGGGGACGCGCACGACGGAGCGCGUUUGCGAGCACCCCCUCUUCCUCAAUAUGCUGCGCGCCGUUAACGCCGCCGGUGGCGGCUACGUUCCGCCCAAGGCGCGCUACAUCGGAGGCGCCGGGUUGCUGGCGUGCAAGCAGCAGAUUGAGAAGGGUUUAUCGCCCAUUACGAAGUCGUGGAAGGAGACCGGCGUGACGAUCGCCAGCGAUAUGAUGAAGGACAAGAGCGGGCGCGCGCAGAUGAAGGUCGUCUUCAUCAACGCCAGUGGAGCGGUUUUCCUGGAGGCGUUCGACUGUAAGGCGGAGACAAAGACUGGUGCGUUCAUCGUGAGCGUCCUGCAGCCGCUGAUCGAGAAGCUUGGACCGGAGCACGUCGUCGCGAUUUGCACGGACGGCGGCAGCAACUACGUGUUUGCCGGCAAGCUGCUGCAGAAGAAGUACCCGCACAUGGAGUUCGUCCCCUGCGCCACUCACGUGCUCGACCUGCUGUUGGAGGACUUCGGCGGCAUGGAUUGGGCGCAGGAGGUCGUGUCAGUUACCACCGACAUGAUCACGUUCCUGCGCAGCCACACUUGGACGCGUGCCUUCCUCCGGUGUCCCGAGCUGCACGGCGAGAAGAAGUCGCUGCAGCCGCUGCGACCGGCGGGCACACGCUUUGGGACGCAGUACUUUGCGGUUUCACGCCUGCGAGAGAUUCGCCAGCACCUGGUGACGAUGGUGACGCACACGGACUGGGCCGAGAAGGGGAGGAAGCAGCAGACUGGAGCUACUUUUGAGAAGGCGGUGAUGGAUGUGGAGUGGUGGGGCAAGGUGGACACCUUCGUGAAGGUGAUGGAGCUGCCGCACAAGUUGAUGAGGAAGACGGAUGGGCCAGCGAAGGGGAUGAUGGGGGCACUGUACGACAUGAUGCUGCAGCUGACGGUGGACCUGAAGGAGCUGUUGGCGAGGGCGGAUUGUAAGCUUGAGGAGUCGGAGAAGGAGGCGUUGAUGGAGCAUUUGAGGAGGCGAUGGGAUGAGAGUUUGGCCUGCCCUCUUCACGUGGGGGGGUUUGGGUCGGAGGAGGCGGAAGCGGGCCGUGCGCAGCUGAAGGAGGGGAAGGGGGACAUGGCGGCGUGGUGGAAGGUGAAUGGCUGGGAGUACCCCGAACUGGCAGGCCUCGCGCGCCGUGCGGUGUCACAGGCCGUUUCCGCCUCUCCAUGCGAGCGGGGAUGGUCCACGUGGGAUGGGGUGCACACGGCGCGCAGGAACAGGCUGGGGUCGGAGAAGGUGCGCGACCUGGUGUACGUGGCGCACAACUGGCCGGUUGUGCACGGCCACCACCAGGGUGCAGCUGGUGGAGCAGGGCCAAGUGGGGAAGGCAGCAUCUUUGGGCGAGUGGACGUGCUACGGAGCAUGAGCGUGCGCCUGGACUCACUCUCGGUCACCGGAGUGGCUUCUUUCAUCAAGUCGCCUGGGGUGAUCCGCGUGGCCCUCAGUGGGUACGGGCCUGCACUGCUCAAGUCCAACGUUGUCAUCUCCAACAAUGACGUGUACGGGGUGAACACUCCGAUUCUCUUGCACAGGGGAGCAGUAGGUGUAACUGUCAGGAACAACUACGUCCACAACUACACUUUCGCAGGGAUCAAGUGCGGUGCCGACGUGCAUUACAGCGGUGCCUGCAUGCUCUCGCGCAUCAACUCCAACCUUGUGGUUUCUUCUGGGAGGAACCUAAACGGGGACCAUGACUCGGCGGGGAUCUACUUCUACACGCACUGGUUCAGCCCGGGGAACGCCGCGCUGUGCAACUACGUGUUCAACGGCGAUCACUGCUUCUAUCUGGACCAUUGCACGUCGGGCGUGCUUGUCAGGGGAGGCGCGUGCGUGAAUACGUACGACGGCAUGAAAGUGAACAACGGCAAGCGGAACGUGAUCGAGAACGUGGCGAUGAAGGGCACGCGCGGGUCGCUGGGAUGGACGUCGUGCUUCACAGUGACGAUCAACAACUGCCUCAAAGACCCGGGCAACUACUGGGAGGCCAUGCGCGUCAAAUACUACAACAGCGCCCGCAUCAACCAGCUAUGGCCUUGGAUGAAGGACGUCUGCAAGGAAACAUCGGCCAACGGCGGUGUGCCAUGUAACCCACCAGGGCAGCCAGGUGCUGACGUGACGGGAGCAUGCAGCGGGCUGGGAACCGACAACCUCAUCGAUGUUGUUGCCGUCAACACCACCAGUUACGGCCUCGACUGGAAGCACUCCCUGGAUGGGGAUGGGGAUGAGAAUGGGGAUGAGGAUGGGGAUGGGAAUGGGGAUGGGGAUGGGGAUAGCAAAGAGGACGGGGAUGGGGAUAGCAAUGGGGGUGGGGAUAACAAUGGGUACGGGGAUGGGGAUGGCGAUGGGAUGGAAAUGGGUUAA